GUAAAAUUCAAUCUAUACUCUGGCAGAGAGUGUGUCGGACACCGAGAUCCUCGAUGGCGCGUAUUGCACAGCCGCAAGACGGCGGCGCGUGCAUUAACGACUGUCUCGGCGACGACGAACUCCGAUCAGUGCUGUCGAAGCUGGACCUCGACAGUGACAAGGAGGCGUUCGGCCUCGUCUGCAAGAGGUGGCUCCGCCUCCAAAGCACCGAGAGGAGGAAGCUCUGCGCUCGGGCAGGGCCGGGGAUGCUGAAGCGGAUGGCGAACAGAUUCACGCGCCUCCGCGAGCUCGACCUGUCGCAGUCUGUGUCUCGUUCGUUCUACCCUGGCGUCACCGACUCCGAUCUCUGCGUCAUCGCCGCCUCGUUUUCUGCUUUGCGAAUCCUGAAUCUGCAGAAUUGCAGAGGUAUAACAGACAAGGGACUGGCAGAAAUCGGGUCUGGGCUUCCUUCCUUACAAUCACUAGAUGUUUCCUACUGCCGGAAGCUAACUGACAAAGGGUUGUCAGCCGUUGCCCAAGGCUGCCAUGACCUGCGAACAUUGCAUGUGGCAGGUUGCAGAUUUAUCACUGAUGGACUGUUGAAAGCCCUUUCCUCUAAUUGCGAUAAUCUAGAAGAGCUAGACUUGCAAGGAUGCACCAACAUUACCGACUCUGGUCUCACUGCUCUGGUUCAUGGUUGCAAGAGAUUGAAACAUUUAGAUCUGAACAAGUGCAGUAAUAUUGGCGAUGUUGGUGUGUCCAGCGUAUCGAGAGCUUGUUCUUCUUCGUUGGUAACUCUGAAGUUGCUUGAUUGCUACAAGAUUGGUGAUGAAUCCUUAAUGUCUCUGGCUGAGUACUGCAAAAAUCUGGAGACCGUCAUAAUCGGUGGUUGUCGGAACAUAUCUGACGAGUCCAUAAAGUCGCUGGCUUCAUCUUGCAAUGCUAGUCUAAAGAAUCUGCGUAUGGACUGGUGCAUAAAUAUCUCGGACGUAUCAUUGGACUGCAUUUUCUUGCUGUGCAGAAGCCUCGAGGUUCUUGAUAUUGGAUGCUGUGAGGAGGUAACCGAUGCUGCUUUUGAGGUGCUGGGAAAUGACGAUUGCAAGCUGAAUUUGAAAAUAUUGAGAGCUAGCAACUGCCGGAAGAUCACAGUCCACGGAAUCCGCAAACUCUUGAAGUCAUGUCAAGCUCUCGAAUAUCUUGAUGUACGAUCCUGCCCAUAUGUAACUGAGGUUGGGUGCCACGAGGCCGGCCUUCAGUUUCCGGGAGGCUGUAAGGUUAAUUUUGCCGGGAGCUUGGCAGAGCCUAAUUGAUCGAUCGAUUGCGCACUAACCGGGGAUGAUGAGAUACUAUAUUUUGUAAGAUGACUGUUUUUUUAACUACAUUGUGUUAUAUUCUGUAGAUAUGUAUGCUUUUCUUCUUCUAUUCCUUUAUGCUUUUGUUUCGUACAUUUGUGCUAUGUUAAUAGGUAAUGCGGAUUAUUACCUCAUCCUGUAGUUUAUACUCCCUCUCCCCCUCUCUCUCUCUCCCUCUCACUCUGUUAACGCACUAAUGUCUUAUAUUUUUAUUUGAAAUGUAUGAAUCAUUAUUGUCUUCUUUUUA